AUGGUUACAGAGGUCACAGAACCAGAGACUCAAUACUCAGUCUAUUUUGUCGAUGUUUCUCCUCCAAGAGUCACAUCCCCCUCCAACAAUGUGGGUGAAGGACAGGACCCUGAGACAUCACUGGGCAAGAGAAAGAAGAAGAAAAAGUUCCCUAGUGCUCACUUGGAGGAGCACCUGGAGUCUGAGGCCACACAGAGAGGAUGGAAAAAGUCCCCCAGCCCUAGAAGGCAGGUUCGUGAGCAGUCAGCAGAAUGCCUCAGCGGAGAGAAGAAAAAGAAGAGGGGGAAGUCCUUACCACCAGCCACCUCCCAAGGCUCAGUGCUGAAGACCUCCCCAGACCCCAAGCGUGCUGAGGAAGUAAGCAAAGCCAGUAAGAAGGCCAAAAAACACAGGAAGGAAAAAAAGGUUCUGGACAUUGAGGCCUGUCUUUCCCAGGGCUCGUGGUUCUGUGAAGCUGGGGAUGCUCUGUGCCCAUGCUCAGGGGAGACAGAGGGUAAGGAGCAGGCGGCCUUGGGGCAGAAAAGGAAGCAGGGGAGCCCCAGAGAGCACAGCACAAAGAAAAAGAAGAAGAAGACCCACCAAGAGGGAGACAUCCUCCCAAUCCACUCCAAGAUCUCUGUAGAGAGCAGCCUGAAGAAAGGAAGUAAGAAGUCACUCAAAAGCGAAACUUUGGACUACAUCCCGAUAGACAGCCCAAAGUCUCCUGGGAAGAAGAAAGUGAAAUCCAAGAAAAAGGUGGACCAGCCAGACAGUGAAGGGCUGGCUGUGAAAAGGAAGAAAAAGAAGAGGAAAGACAGUGGAGUAAAGGAAGACCGCUGGCAGGAGGAAGAAGAGGAGUCGGACCCAGACCUCGAGGUGGUACUGGAAAAGAAAGGCAACGUGGAUGAGGCUUGCAUAGAUCAGGUGAGGCGGAAGGCCUUGCAAGAGGAGAUUGAUCGUGAGUCGGGCAAGACAGAGGCUUCAGAACCCAAGAAGUGGACGGGAACCCAGUUUGGUCAGUGGGACACUGCUGGCUUUGAAAAUGAAGAACAGAAGCUGAAAUUCCUGAAGCUUAUGGGUGGCUUUAAGCAUCUGUCCCCGUCAUUCAGCCGCCCUCCCAGCAUGACUAGCAGGCACAACAUGGCCCUGGACAAGAAGUCUUCAGACACACUCCAGCAGGAUCUGCAGCAGGACUAUGACCGGGCCAUGAGCUGGAAGUACAGCCGUGGGGCUGGCCUGGGCUUCUCCUCUGAGGCUCGCAAGGUCUUCUACAUUGACCGGAACGCCUCGAAGUCUAUUAAGUUGCAAGAUUAAACUUUAUUGCCCUGUUCCUAAAAAAAAAAAAAAAAAAAAAAAAAAAAAACCCAGAGUACUCAGAACAUUUCAAGCUGGCGAUGAACACAGAAACUCUGCCAUCUUCACACUGCGGGUUAGAACGUAAACUUGUGGUCACUGUGGCAAAAACCAUGCUAGUUACUCAAAAGAAUGAAAGUGACAUUUACCUUUUGACCUGGCCACGCCUUCCCAGAUAUAUACCCAAAAGAGGGGAGACGGUCUUAUAGUGGAACUAGGUCAGUGUUUAAGCAAACCGUGGUGCAAGCAUGCGGACUAGAGUCUGGACCCUCUUGCAAUGCAAUGUCGGGUCAGCUAAGUGAGAUAAGUGUUAUCAAAGAGUAAAUCUGGCAUGACGCAGCUUUACAAGAGGUGACGGUGCAGACGGAG